UGCAGACUCAGCACCUUUUGGAGACCGAUAUAAACCGCCUCCUCCAGCCUUUUCACCCUCUUCUGUGUGAGGACGCAGUCUGCAGAGCCGUGAGUCGGGUCCAGCCUAUACAACAACAACAACAACAACAGCAACAGCAACAGCAAACAUGACCACCGCACAGCCCAUCUUCUCCAAGGGGGGGACCUGCAAGGCCACCUGGCACGACGCGAACGCCGGAUACAACGAGGCCGACACCCACCUGGAGAUCAUGGGCAAGCCGGUGAUGGAGCGCUGGGAGACCCCCUACAUGCACUCCCUCGCGACCGUGGCUGCCUCCAAAGGCGGUCGGGUUCUGGAGAAUGGUUUCGGCAUGGCCAUUGCUGCCACCAAAGUUGAGUCUUUCCCCAUCGAGGAGCACUGGAUCGUUGAGUGCAACGACGGCGUCUUCGCUCGGCUGGAGAACUGGGCUAAGUCUCAGGUCGUCCCUUUGAAGGGCCUCUGGGAGGAGGUUGUUCCCACACUGCCUGACAACCACUUCGAUGGUAUCUUGUAUGACACAUACCCGCUGUCUGAGGCUUGGCACACCCAGUUCGACUUCAUCAAGGGUCACGCUCACAGGCUGCUGAAACCUGGCGGCGUCCUCACCUACUGCAACCUGACCUCAUGCGAGCUGCUCAAGACCAAAUACGACAACAUUGAGAAAAUGUUUGAGGAGACCCAGGUGCCUCACCUGCUCCAAGCUGGCUUCAAGAAGGAGAAGAUCAGCACCACCACCAUGGACAUCGCUCCGCCCAGCGAAUGCAAAUACUAUUCCUUCAAGAAAAUGAUCACUCCCACUAUCGUUAAACAGUAAUUCCCAAAACACUGCUGAAACCUUUUUUACACUGACGUGCCUUUUCUCUCCUCUCAGUAUGUUAGUAUACACUGCCAUAUUCCAAUAA